AUGAUCAUCAACCUCGUUACGGCUUUCUACACGUCGGGAUUUGUCUUCUUUCGUAUCAUGGAGAUCGGCUCCUUGAUCGUAGCUUUCCCGAUGCACGUCUUGACCUCCUUUGUGGCCUGUAUCUUCAUGAUGAAAGUCGCCAAGGUACCCUGGAGUCUUCUUGCCAUUCUCAGCAUGGCAGCCUUGGUCUGGAUUACCGAUGACUACAUUUUGGAACCCAUUCCCUCAUCACAACAACACAUGGUUGUGGUGAUUACUGGUGCCAACAGUGGAGUGGGGUUUGAAACAGCCAAGGCCUUGGCUCAGAAUGAAAACCCCGUGACUGUCAUUAUGGGAUGCCGGUCCGUCACCAAAUGCCAGGCGGCGGCCGAGACUAUACGAGCCACAACGACUUCAUCUUCUCGCGAUACCAAUGUGAUUCCAUUGCAGUUGGACUUGUCCAACUUUGAAUCAGUCCAUCGAUUUGUGGACUCAGUCAAAGUAGCAACAUUUGGUGUACCAGUGGAUGUCUUGCUGAACAAUGCUGGUUACGUUCCUCUUUGGAAGGAAGCUUCCAAUGAAUAUGGAUUGGACCCCUCUUUUACAUCAAUGCACUUGUCUCAUCAUCUUUUGGCCGAGCUGUUGGUGGAACAAAAUCCCCGCCUCCGUUUGGUGACCACUAGUUCGAUUACUCAUCACAUUUGCGGCUUUGCUGCCGUGUUACCCAAUAAGGCUCUGGGCAAAAUUGUUGGAUUGAUCAAUGAUCCUGGUUGCAUCAACAGUGACUAUCUAGCAACGAAUAUUUACAGCCCCAUAAAUUACCGCAGGUACGUUGUGGCCAAGAUGGCCAAUAUGUUGCACGCCAGUGAAUUUUCUAUUAAGCAUCCGGAGUCUACGUCUGUAGCAAUUGAUUUGGGAUGGGUGGGAACCUCGAUUCAACCUUGGAUGACGGGACAAGUUUCAUUUACAUCUUUGGGGUGGAUGCGAUCAGCCAGUAUUGGUAUUUAUCCGAUAUUGCAAGCCGUUUUGCGGCCUUCUGUUGACCUUCCUACUGAUGAAACGAGCAUUAGCAGAAAUUGGUCCCAACAAGGAGGAGUGACCAUUGAUACCUUGGGCAACAUUAGGGAACCUUUUUCGUAUCCCUGGUGGCGGGGAGAUGCCAGUUCAGAAAAGAUGAAACAGGUGGCUAAGGAACUAUGGACGAAAUCCACCGAGAUUUUACAACAACAAGGUGGUUGUACAGUAUGCCAGAAAUAA